AUGAGGGUUCAUUGCAUUUUGAGGUCUGGGUUGCUGUUAGUCAUUUUGUCUUUUGCCAUUGCCACGCACAAGCGAUCUUCCUUUGCCAAAACUUGUCACCCAAAGGGAACACUAUCCAAAGCUGUUGAUUUGCUCUAUAUCAAGGCAGCCUGGCUCAAAGCAACAAUUCCAGAGGACCGCAUUAAAAAGAUACGAUUAUUAAAAAAGAAAACUAAAAAGCUAUUUUUGAAAAAUUGUGUAUUCCAAGAGCAACUUCUAUCCUUCUUCAUGGAAGAUGUUUUUGGUAAACGUCAGUUACAAGUUUAUGAAGAAAUACACUUUGUGGAAGAUUUUCACAGCUUGAGGCAGAGAUUGAGCCAUUGUUUUUCCUGUGCUUCAUCAACUAGAGAGAUGAAACCAAUUACCAGGAUGAAAAGAAAAUUUUAUGGGAUUGGAAACAAAGGAAUCUACAAGGCUAUCAGUGAACUAGAUAUUCUUCUUUCCUGGAUUAAAAAAUUCCUGCAAAGUGUUAAGUAG